CCUCAACCACUCAUCCAUUGCCCAACAAUAUACAGAAUGUCAGAUAGUAACUCCCUGAAAGCAGCAAUUCUAGUCGUCUCAGACACGGCUUCCCAGGAUCCAUCCACGGAUAAAGUGGUGGACACUCUCACGCCCUUCUUUACAGCCGAGGGAUCCAACUGGGAACGACCGCUUGUCAAGAUCGUCCCAGAUGAUGUGCUGGAUAUCCAGCGUACCGUCUGUGACUGGGCUGAUGGCCCGAAUAGGGUCAAUCUGAUUCUGCUCAGCGGGGGGACAGGGUUUGCAGUCAAGGACAAUACACCCGAGGCUGUAUCGCCUCUCAUUCAUCGCCAUGCGCCUGGAUUAGUGCAUGGCAUGAUUGCCUCGUCCUUGCAAGUCACUCCAUUUGCAAUGAUGUCCCGGCCAGUGGCAGGCGUCCGAGACAAAUCGUUGAUUAUCACUCUUCCUGGAUCGCCCAAGGGUGCCAAGGAGAAUCUCGAAGCGGUCUUCAAGCUCCUCCCGCACGCGUGUAUGCAAGCAGCCGGUGCAAACUCAAGAAACCUCCACGCAGGCGGUGUAAAGAAGCUUGAAGCCGACGCAGGUGUAUCUUCGGAUAGUCAGAAAACGGCUGAUCGAGGAGAUCCCCAACAUGGUCAUCACCAUCAUCACCACCACCAUCAUGGCCACCAUGACCACUCCUGUGGACAUGGGCAUGGGCAUACUAUCCCGAAAGCGCAUACGUCGCCGUCCGAGCGCCCACAGUCGAACGAUCCCAAUGCAGACCCUACCCGGAGAUACCGCGAGUCGCCCUAUCCGAUGCUGUCGGUGGACGACGCUCUACGGGCCAUCAGCCAGCAGACUCCCGAUCCAGUGGUAGUCGAUGCCCCGGUGAACACCGCGUUAGUGGGGUCUGUUCUUGCUGAGGACAUCUACGCCGGAGAGGCAGUACCGGCCUACCGAGCCAGUAUUGUUGACGGAUACGCCGUAAUCGCACCUGCAUCUCCGGACACGGGCUCAAGAAGCACGAAGGGUGUCUUUCCCGUCGCUUCUAUCACCCAUGCUAACCCAGGAGGGACCUUGUCGCCUCUCGAGCCGGGUACCAUUGCCCGAAUCACCACAGGGGCUCCCCUCCCACCCAAUGCCAACGCCGUGGCAAUGGUGGAAGACACCGUUCUGGCAACCUCGACACCAGACGGUCAAGAGGAGGCCACCGUCGAGAUCCUCACCGGCGACAUCAAACCAGGCGAAAACGUCCGCGAGCCAGGCAGCGACGUCGCGUUGGGAUCGAGGAUCCUGCGCAAAGGGGACACGAUCACGCCCGUCGGGGGCGAACUGGGUCUUCUAGCAGCAACCGGAACAAAGACCGUGAAGGUCUACAAGAAACCCUGCGUAGGCGUCCUCAGCACCGGCGACGAGCUAGUCGAACACGACGACCCGCGCACCCUCCACGGAGGACAAAUCCGCGACUCCAACCGCCCAUCCCUCCUCGCCUGUCUCACCUCAUGGGGUUUCCCAACCGUUGACCUAGGCAUCGCCCGCGACACCCCAGCAACAGAGCUAGAGCAGAGUCUCCGGGACGCCCUUCGCGGAGUCGGCAAAGCCAAAACCAACGUCGAUGUAAUCGUCACAACCGGAGGCGUCUCAAUGGGCGAACUCGACCUCCUCAAACCAACCAUCGAGCGCUCCCUCGGUGGCACCAUCCACUUCGGCCGCGUGUCCAUGAAACCAGGCAAACCCACCACGUUCGCAACCGUCCCCUUCAAACCGUCCGCCCCAGCUCAAGCAGGCCAGCAACAAGAGCGCCAAACCAAACUCAUCUUCUCCCUCCCAGGGAACCCAGCCUCCGCACUCGUCACCCUCAACCUCUUCGUACUCCCCUCCCUCCACAAGCUCCUCGGGCUGGCCUCCCAUCCCAGCGCGCGCCCAUCCCUCGGCUUACCCCUCGUAACAGUCACCUUGGAGCAUGCAUUUCCGCUAGACACCAAACGCACAGAGUACCACCGCGCCAUCGUGGUAGCGUCUCGCUCCGACGGCCGGCUGCGUGCGACAAGCUCGGGACUCGACGGCGUCGGACAGCGCAGCUCGCGGGUGGGCAGCUUUGCGAGCGCUAAUGCGUUGGUGGUGCUUCCUCCUGGGAAGGGGCGCAUCGAGAAGGGCGGGUUAGUGCAGGCUUUGAUGAUGGGGGGUGUUUUGUCGGGGGCAUAGGCAUAUAACGUGGUUAAUGUGGUGGAUUUUAUAUAAUGCUAUCUAGGUUGGGGAGACUAGUUGGGUCCCUUGGUUAUUGAAAUAAGCGGGGGAAAAGAUGUGACCUGGUAAAGAGAUCGCAGCGCGAAUC